AAUGAAUUACCUGAAGGUAGUUUUGAAACUACUAAUGAUACCAUUGAUUUAACAGAAAGUACAUCAACUGAGCCAACGGUCGAACUAACAAAUACUAGCGAAGAAAUAAUUAAUAGUUUAAUUCAAUUACUUGAACCAUUUUUUAUAGCAACUGAAAUAUUAUCAACUUCAACAUAUCCUACUAUAAGCGAUGUAAGGUUAACUAUAAUUGGUUUAUUGCGACAUAUAGAGUCUUUUCUUGAAACUCACCUUGAUACUAAUUUGGAUGAAUGCCUGGUAGCAAAUUCAAUUAAUUUUAAACUUCAAGAAUAUUGGGAAUAUGUUGAUGAACCAACAACAAUUGGUGCUUUGUUAGAUCCACGAUCUAAGGCUAAGACUUUUAAAGAUAUGAAUAAGCAUAAUAGAGCUAUAGCACUUAUGCGUAAUAAAAUAGAUUUAUAUAAAAAUGAUACUUAA